AUGACCUCCCUCAACUCGGUGUCAGGCUGGUACACAAACGCCUAUUCGGGCCCCUUCCGAACCUCCCGCCUCCGCGCCCCUUCCCUUCUCCCAGGCGCCCGUAUCCCCGCCCCAGUCCAGCAAACCCUUGUGGUCGACGCCGCUCACAACAACUCCCCAUCUGCGGAUGACGCCAACCCUGAGGGGAAGGACGGGGUCAGAAAUGUCAGGAGGAGGGAGACGGUAUUUGGUCCGGAUGUAGGGGAGGACGAUGAACCCGGGUGGGGAGAAGGCGGUAAGGAAAAGAUCAGUGUCGACGUUGUCAAGAAAUGGGUGGAAAAGGCAAAGACGGAUGAGGGAAUUCACCCGACGACGACCCUCCAAGCGCUGGUCAACCUUAAAAGACCGAGUCUUCUGUUACAACAAGUGGACCAGCCCCAACCCAAAGCCGACAAGUAUGAGGAUAUCGCACCAUACCCCACUGCCGCACAAAGCGACUACCCUAUCUCACCGACUUCUCUCCUUCCCACCCCGCCGUUACACACGCUCAAGUUUACCUACGACGCCACUACCCCUGCUGCACGUAUCACCCUUUUGCUCUAUCCCAAUCCCCGUCCCCGCCCCACCAUUCCUGAAGGCGGGGGCAAGGCGAGCUUUGAAGAAGGGGAAGAGGAAGAACAGGAGCCGACAGUGAUUUACACAGGUUUACACGCGGGUGGGUUCGGGCAAGUGUUCGACCUGCCGAAAGAGUGGGCCAUGGACCUCUCAUCAGCUAUUCGCCUCGAGGAAGAAGACCAGCCCAACAAACCCGAAGUCAAAGAAGAGCCUGGUGAACAAGUGCAGGAGCUCAACGAGCAGCCUGAAGAGCAACAAGGCAGGCGUCGGUUUGGCAUCUUUGGACGAAGAAGGGGAGAAAGUGAUGUGGAAGCUGGGAAUGCCAAUAUUGAGAUGACCUCGCCGGUAACACAGUCAGAAGAGAAAGAGGCGCCAAAGCAAGUGGAGUAUGGAAUGAGGGUACUCAUCAAGAUUGAAGCUGCGGGGCCCGAAGGACAACCCCUGAAGAGGAGAAAUGCUCAGUUGACACACAUUCUGAUCACGGGUACAUGGGUAAACGACCCGAACUCUGGAGAUGACGCCGGCCCUGGAGGCAAGCGGGUCUGGGUUGUCAAGGUCGCCAGGCGGGAAGCUGUUAUCGGCUCUCACACUUUCCUCCUCAAAGAGAUCUUCGGUCUUUCUGCCACUUCCUCCACUGCAACAUCCUACCCGCCCACCGCCGACGAUCCUUACGCUUCCACGCCCAAUGAGUGCAUCGUCUGCCUCACCUCUCCGCGAGAUGUCGUCCUGCUCCCCUGCAGACAUCUUGUUGUCUGCCGAGAUUGUGCGGUGGGGAUGGUAGAAUUCGGAGCGGGUGGCAAGGUCGCUAGGCGAGAGGAAACUCCUGCUACUGGGACCGGGGCCGGGGGUGGAGGCGAUAGCGAAGCAGGUGGUGAAGGUGGCACAGAUACGCCGGCUGCUGCCCCAGCCACCACCACAACACAUCGCGAGCGUCGCAAAAAGAAGGUCAAGGGUUGGUACUGCCCUGUAUGUCGACAACCUUACACCUCUCUCCUGCGCCUUGCUCUUCCCCAAGCCAAGGCUUCCGAAGCACAGUCCCAUCAGGAACUCUCUCGCCAGCCCAGUCGCGCGUCUGUUCGGACGACGCGAACGACAAAGUCCCUCGCUCCGACGUUGCCGGAUGGCGCAGAGAGGUUCUUGGAGGGGCUACGGCCGGAGGGGGCAGAUGCGGAUUUGGAGUUGGAGGAGGAUGAAGACAAGGAGGCGGGUAGUGACAGCGUGAGGCCUGGAUGGGUUGGCGGAGGUGCAGGAACGCCAGAUGUGGAGAAGCCGGAAGUAGAACAUAAGGAAGUCGAAGAGUCAGAGCUCACAGGCCCUUCCCCCACGCCUGCUACUAUGGAGACGCCACCCCAUCCGGAAGGAGAUGUGGCUGACGAGGGAAAGGGGAAGGGUUGGAAGGAGGUUGCUUGA